AUGGGAUCUGGUACCCCUUCAUCGCAGGGAAGUUCCAAAUCAUCGGGAGGAAAUGGCAAAACGGAGGUUACAACUUUGCCGAAAGAGGGAAGACCUAUCAGUCGCAGGUCUUCUCACUUAGUUUCGAGUCGAGAAGACAAUGGUGAAGAGACGAGAAUGAAGGGGAAUGCUGAGACCCAAGGUGCUUCAAGUGAUGGUGGCGAUGUAAGGACUGCGGUAUCGCCACGAGAUGUGAAGCAGGAUAAUGCUGGGUCUAAGGAGGAUGCUGUUAAGGCAGAGAAUGGGAGCGAAGCGAAAGGCCGAGUUCGCUUCUUUUGGGGAAGACAGUCUCACGUUACAGAGCAGGUUACAGAUACGGGAGAAACGGAACGAGUGGCAGCUGCUGCUUCCAGUGUUCCCUCCGUGACGAAUGAGAUUAUACCUCAUUCUGAUGAUGCGAUUCUGUACAGGAGUAAGAAAGACACAGAGAUAACAGAAGAAAGAGAGUCGCAGGUUUUGCAAAAACAGAAUCCCAAUAUUGUGGUGCCCAACUUUGAUGUCUUACCGCGCAAAUCGGCGUGGACUUCGCUGAGCAGCUCUUUAAGCACGAUAGCGCAUAGUUGGCACAUCGCGUCGGGCGAGCGUAAGCGGCAGGCCUGUCUUUAUCAGAGGGGUCCCGAGGAAAGCUUGUAUAAGUUGUCAAGUGGUGGAAAGUGCCCUAUUAAAGUUUUAAUAGUUGGGGUCCAUGGAUUUUUUCCAACUAAAAUGAUAAGACCAUUCAUCGGCGAGCCGACGGGGACUUCGAUGAAGUUCGUGUCAGAAGCUGAGGAGGUUGUCUUGAAGUAUUUCCAUAAGCAUGGAAGAUCGAUUGAAAUCAGUAAGAUUGCUUUAGAGAGAGAAGGAGAAGUCUUGGAUCGUGUGAAUUUUUUCUUUGAUGUGAUGAGGAAUUGGCUCAAAGAGAUCAAUGAAGCGGACUUCAUUUAUUUCGUGGCGCAUUCCCAGGGCUGUCCCGUAACAAUCAUGCUACUCUCGCAACUGAUCGACGCUGGCAUUAUUAACCUAGAUAGCACCAAGUUUUUUCAAGGCGAAGAAGUGCCAUUAUCGAGGAACAAAAAGAUCAUAUCGAUAGUGGCUAUGGCUGGAAUCAAUAACGGUCCUUUCUAUGGCGCUGACCAAACCCUUUUUGUUCGUGCUUAUCAAACCAUUGAAAGGGAAUCAUUAAGGGAGCUGUUUCAGUUCCAAAAGUUCGACUCGAUGCUAUCUAAAAUGCUAAUGCGAAGUAUAAGGAUUAUUAUCGGAAGUGGAGUCAAGAUUACGUUUGUCGGUUCAAUCAACGAUCAACUGGUCCCGCUAUAUUCUUCGAUAUGCCUCUUCGCUAAUCAUCCCAACAUGUUUAGGGCCACGUUCAUCGACCGAGGAUCCAGAACCCCAGCAUUUUUAACGCGGCUGCUGAACAUUGCCGGAACACUUUUGAACCUUGGAUACGACGAUCAUGGUAUUAUUAAAGAGAUCAGUUCCUCUUUGGCGGGGACAUUAACGGGAGGAGGGCACUCAACUGUGUAUAAUGAGGAGCAGGUCUAUGAGCUGGGUCUAAGGUUUGCCCUUGAGACGACUGACGUCCCCGCAGAUGUUCCAGUGGAGUUUAGGCCGUUCCAAUUGAAAAAUCUGGGGUCCAACCCGUAUCACCUUCCUUGGUGCAUGAGAGGUUUGUUAUAUGAAACGAACGCUCACCUUGACCCAGGCGAAAUCAGCCACUUAUUCAACGAAUUCGAGGAUUGGCAGCCUGACACCAAGCAGCUGAAAGACGUUAAAUACAGGUUGAAUGGUCUUAGGUCAAGGUUGUAA